GACUAAAGAGCACCAGAUGUAUUUGUUGGAGAGCAACACAUUGGAUAUUUUCUCCCUUCUCCUCCUCUCUGAGUGCUACAAAGUGCAGAUGCUGACACUGAGAUGCUUUGCCAACAUGUGUUACAAAAAUACAGCUGUCUGUACAGCCAUCGUAGCAGGUAAGCAAAGAGUCAAGUUAAUGUUUUACAAAAUUAUAGCCGUCUAUCAGUCCUGUUGUAGCUGUCAGUACAAUAGAACAAUAGAUUCAAAAGUAGUUUGCAUGUUGAUUGCUGUAUUGAAAUUGAAAAUUUAAAUUACUAACGAUACUUACAAUACUAUUGAUAUUCACAAUACUAUUGAUGUCUUUCCAAUAUAUGCCCAUGUUUAGUUUGUUAUUAAAAAAACAAAAACCCUACAUAAUAAAAUUCCUUUAUAUUUUUAAAUCAUAAAAAGUUUGUCAAGCAACUCUACAAAUGAAUUCAUAUUGGACAGAUAGGGUUGCCAGUCUGUCAGAUGGUCGACUAACUGAAGCUUAACGCCCAAAACAAAUUCAUUUCAUUUAAAAUUCAAGCAAAAUUGUGAUAAAAAAUGAAACAAUUAGGUCACUGCCAAAAGAAAAAUGUUUUCUCCGACUGUUGUGCCUGGAAAGGUUGCCAACCGCUCCUGUAUGAGGCUUUGUCCUCAUUGUAAAGUCAUAUUUAAAUUUAUGACUGCACUUGAUUAGUCCAUUAUUUUAUUUCAGUUCCUGAUUUAGUCCCAGUCUGUGGAGUUGAUGGGUCGAGACAAACCUUCGGAGAUGCAGCUGGCGGCAGCCAAAGUCCUUACCUACCUCCAUCGUGGUGGGGCAAUAGAAGCCACAGAUUUUGUUAUAAGCAGAAAGGUAUUGACAUGGGUAAAAAAGUAUUGACAGAGGUGCAUUUUUUAUAGAAGGCAUUUUAAAAGACUUGCUGUUAACUUAAGUGUGCUUAAAUUUUUUGUCAGUUUUGCCGCUGCAUCCAAUUUUAUUCACAUAAUUUUCAAUACCAUGUGCAUAAUGUUGGCACAUUUGAGGUACUUGUCCCAGUGUUACAUGUUAUUCGACAAUGUGUACAGUUGAAAUACUGUGUGCUCAACUGAAGCAAUCCCAAGUUUGUGGACUGGAGUGCAGCAAUCCCCCACCAAAAGUAUAGACAAGCAAAAACAACACCAGCAACCUGGGUAGACAGGACUCGUUAACCUUGGAUGGCAACACAUCUAAGAGAAGGAAAAGUCUGAAAUCAGACCCUGAGAUGGAGUCCAUUUGGCUGUAUCACAUUGACACAAUGAAAAUUCCGACAACUCCUGCGAUGUGGAACGCAUAAAGAGCACAGUGAAACACGAACAAUCAAUGCCCCAUUUUUUCCCUUGAAUUUACCGUAGCAACAUUAGCUAUGAAUUGAAAUCAAUAAUAGUUUUUUAAUUAAAUAGAACAAAAAGCUAGUUAAUGUUAAUACCUUGAGGUUUAAACUUAAGUCUGUGGGUCCCAAGCAAAAGUUGCAUGGUUCUUUGCAGCUGUCAUUUGUUCUGUUGUUGCUCAUGAACAUGAUUUAGAUGGUUGAUUCUUAUAGUUAUUGAACGCUCUUCCCGCCAUUGUCUCUAUGACUUAUGUUUUAGUCUUGCGGCAGUCUUGAGUGGAACUUUGGAGUAGUAGGAUGUAUAUUAUUUAUGUCUGAUAGCGAGCUGCGCUAUAUUCACGUGUUAUUUGUAUAAUAUUUACUCAGACAUUAAAGUUAUAAUUAUUAUGAAAGGAGUUGAGUUCGUUCAGUGAUAGUAGGAAUAGUACGACGCAUUCAACGUGUGAAAAGAACUUGACGAAUGUAAUCAAUCCAAGAAGACUGUAGGAGUUGACAAUGGUCACUCCUGGUCUAUAUUUUGUCAGAUUCCUGUUGACAGCAUUUAACACCAUUUAGUCCAACAUAUUUCAUUGACAAAUCUCCAAAACCCUAUACCUUUGUGCAAUCCAUUUUUUCAUUUUUUGUAGACAUUGGGAACCCUGGUUCGGAUGUGUAAAAGAGAUCGGCCACUAGACGAAAAUGUCAAAGGAGCAGAGACUCUGGCAUACCUUGUGGAAGUUGACCCUGACCUUCAAAUGAUCGCCAGCAUUAUAGACCAUCUGAUCAGCACACUCUCCAACUAUCUGCACUACAAAGAUGUCAAGAAAAUUUCUUCUGUGGACAAAAAAGUCAGUGACUCAAUAUUUUGAUUUUAUUUUCAUAACUUUAAUAUGCUAUUGUAUUCAAAUUAAUUGAUUCACUAUGUUUAGUCAGAUAUGCACAAUUCAACUAACAUUAGCGGCCAUUAGUUAAAAAUAUUUCAAACAUUUAAUUUGGAUUUUUUUUUGUAUCCGGAUACUGCAUACUCCACUGGCAUUUAACUUUUCCCAGUGUGAUCUUGGCUUAAAUAUUGACUUUAAAUACAAUGCAUAAUCGGACAACUCUUUCAAGAGUUGCCAUGAACCAAAAGGUUAUUUGGCAUUCCUACUCACAAUGUCAUAAUGCAAACGUGGAUAGUUUUUCUUUUUCACUGUUAAACUCUCAGUGGACCAAGCAGCAGAACAGAAUUGAUUUGGUGACAGGCAAUAACACUAACACAAUAUAACUUUUAGAAAUGAACCAAAGGGUUGCUUAUGAACGAAAUGGUCACCUUUAACUUUAACCAAAUGAUGGCUCAUAAACCAAAAUCGUUGCUUAUCAACCAAAUGAUUGCCUUUAAACCAAAUGGUUUGCUUAUGAACCAACUAGCAGAAGAUGAACCAACAAUGAGUCUAAGGCUUUUGUUCAAACUUGGGAGGAAGUAAAAUCAGUAAAAGUAUUAAGUUUGAUGAAUGACUCAUGUGAACUUUCAAUAAAAAAAAAAGUGUUGGACGAAUAUGGCGUAGGUUGGAAAUACAGUAAAGCCCCUUUGAUAAUUGCAGCAUUUGACCACCAUUCUUUUGGAUUCAGACCUUAAUAUUUAAAUGGCAAAGUUUGUAAAAAAAAAAAUAUAUAUAUAUAUUUCACAAUUUUCUUGGUGGGGAGGAAUUAUUGUUUAUUUAUGUGCUGGUUUGUUUUUAUUGUUAUAUUCAAUGUGAAUAAUCUGUUUAUGUCUUUCUUUUAUUAUUUAAAAAAAUCUUUUUCGAGUAAUAUUUAUAUUUGUCUCUUAAUAAUAAUUUUUAAAAAAACAAUGUUAGACAUAUAGUAAAACAAAAAUUAAACAUUAAUAAUAAAUUUAUGGUAAAUAAUGUUAUGGGUUUCCAAUGAGCUGCAAAAAUUAAUUUUCCUGUCCAAAGUAUCUGUAGAAAAUUCACAUUACUUGAUUUACUUGCCAACAAAUUUACAGAAUUUAUGUAAAUUAUUAAAAACUUCUUGCAUUAAAUUAUCGAUGUCAAUGAUAGAUUAUCAUUAUUCAGUUGUUUUUUUACUAAGGUCAGGGUAUAAAGAAUUAACUAUAAUUUUGUAGCUGUGUUAUACUGUCUAACUAUUUUAUGCUUGGAUACUUUGUUAUACCUAGUAACUGAAUUGUUUCUUUGUAGUCUUUCACAAAACCUUCAACAAGUCAAUUAAAAAAAAAAGUUAUACUCAAAAUAAUUUGACUUUGCAUUUCUGGAUCUGUACCGUAACAAUUUUGUGAAUGUUAUUAUUUUAAUAUACAGCUUAUGCCAUGGUGUAGAUGAUUUCUAGUAAGCUAACAUUACUCUGAAACAGCAGUCUUUUGGACCAGUUGUGGCUUAAGUGGACUAUAGGCAACAUCAUUAAUAUAAUUAAAGUAUCCUAGUGUUGCUACCUAAAAAAUUAAAUGUCAUUUGCUAUAAGUGCACUUAAGUACCGGGUAUUUAAAAAAAAAGUUUUACAUUUUGUACUCUUAAAAAAUACUAUCCACAUAACUUAUUUAGAAGACCUUACUCUUUGUUACAAGUAGCCAUACUCUCAGUAAUUGUUGAGGUUCUCAUUGUGUUGGAAGGUACCUUAUCAGACUAAGGCUUCUGUGUUGUACUCUUGACUGUUGUAUACUAUGUGACAAAUGGUUAACAUCCUGUACCUUGUAAGCUGACCCCAUUGAAAACUUUGCUCAUAUGGUGCACCAUGUCAAAUUUCAUUGCUGAAUUUUUACUUUGCGAGUUAAAUAGAUUACCAAUAAAGUUAAAUUGUCUAUCAGUAAAUUUAAAUAGUUUACCAAUUAAGUCAAAUAGUUUACCAAUUAAGUCAAAUAGUUUAUUGAUAAAGUUAAAUAGUUUACAAUAAAGUUAAAUAGUUUACCAAUAAAGUUAAAUAGUUUACCAAUAAAGUUAAAUAGUUUACCAAUAAAGUUAAAUAGUUUACCAAUAAAGUUAAAUAGUUUACCAACAAAGUUAAAUAGUUUACCAACAAAGUUAAAUAGUUUACCAAUAAAGUUAAAUAGUUUACCAAUAAAGUUAAAUAGGUUACCAACAAAGUUAAAUAGUUUACCAACAAAGUUAAAUAGUUUACCAAUAAAGUUAAAUAGUUUACCAAUAAAGUUAAAUAGAUUACUAACAAAGUUAAAUAGUUUACCAAUAAAGUUAAAUCGUUUACCAAUAAAGUUAAAUAGUUUACCAAUAAAGUUAAAUAGUUUACCAACAAAGUUAAAUAGUUUACCAAUAAAGUUAAAUAGUUUACCAACAAAGUUAAAUAGUUUAAGGUCAAUCCAUAAAAAAAAAAAAAAAGAACACACAGAGGGUGGGGGGUAGUUGAGUUUGGAGAUUUAGCGGAUGGGUGCUUAGGGGAAGUGGGGGCGUCUUCAGUUGAACGUAUGUACUUUCAUGAACAAAUUAUACAAUAAUUAUCCUGAAAUUCUGAAUUCAUCAACAGCACAUAUUUUAUCUCUAAUAAAUCAAUCGAUGACCUCAAGAUCUAUGAAACUCAUGAUUUCUAUUGAAUUACAUUCAAAGGCUAGACAAAUAUCAGAUCAAUAUUUUUUGUAAUUAUCAUUCUGGUGUUACUUUGUUUAUUUUACAAGUCAACUCACUGGAUAAUACACUAGUAACAGUAAUAUUUUGUCCACCAUUCCCCUUUUGAAUUUUUCAGUGCAUGUGGCGCUAAUGCUUUUUUUUCAGUGAAGCCUGUGGUACCUAAAUAUUUCGGUUCUCUGCGCCCUUGCCGAAUUAAGUUUUCCUCAGAUGCUCCUAGUCAAAUUCUAACAAAUGCAUUUCGAAAUAACCAAGACAUUUUUUUUAAUUUUAAGGGUUGUUAAAAAUAAAUAAAACAUGUACCUGGGCAACUGAACCCAAUAUAGAAGCUAUGUGAAGAAGCUUCAACAGACAGUAACUAGUCCACCAGGUCCACUAGAUGUUGUGUCCUGUCUCAUUAGAUUCAAACUGGAAAUAGAUCUAUGAAAACUGUAAUAUUAAUUAUACAAUAAUUAUCCUGAAAUUCUGAAUUCAUCAACAGCACAUAUUUUAUCUCUAAUAAAUCAAUCGAUGACCUCAAGAUCUAUGAAACUCAUGAUUUCUAUUGAAUUACAUUCAAAGGCUAGAUAAAUAUCAGAUCAAUAUUUUUUGUAAUUAUCAUUAUGGUGUUACUUUGUUUAUUUUACAAGUCAACUCACUGGAUAAUACACCAGUAACAGUAAUAUUUUGUUCACCAUUCCCCUUUUGUAUUUUUUAGUGCAUGUGGCGCUAAUGCUUUUUUUUCAGUGAAGCCUGUGGUACCUAAAUAUUUCGGUUCUCUGCACCCUUGCCGAAUUAAGUUUUCCUCAGAUGCUCCUAGUCAAAUUCUAACAAAUGCAUUUCGAAAUAACCAAGACAUUUUUUUAAAUUUUAAUUUUAAGAGUUGUUAAAAAUAAAUAAAACAUGUACCUGGGCAACUGAACCCAAUAUAGAAGCUAUGUGAAGAAGCUUCAACAGACAGUAACUAGUCCACCAGGUCCACUAGAUUUUGUGUCCUGUCUCAUUAGAUUCAAACUGGAAAUAGAUCUAUGAAAACUGUAAUAUUUUUCUGAGAGCAAGCCGCUGGGCUCUCAGGCACCCUGGUGCACAUUUUGCGAACCGCUGGCUACACAGACACAUUUUUCAACAAAGUUAAAAAUGACAUAAUAAUUUAUAAAUAACAAUAAAUGGGAGGGGUGAGGGAGAAGCUCAUUUUUAUGUAUGCAGAGAGAGGAUUUUAUCCCAAAAAAUAUGGGUGCAACGUGGGGGGGGGGGGUUCCCCCCUUCUUUUUAGUGGAAACAAUUUAUGGAUAGAGAGUUUAAUAGCUCACCAAGACAGUUUUAUAGUUUACAAUAAAGUUUAAUCGUUUGCUUAUAGAGUUUAAUUGUUUCUCUUGAGAGAAAAUUUUACUUUGUUGUGUGUACUGUGGUUGAUUUAGAAAAAAAUUAUGACAGCUAUGGAAGAUAAGGUGGCGGUGAUAUAGAUGUUAGGCUGCCCUAGAUGUUAGUCUUUUCUACAUAUUGUGGUUUCCUAGAUGUUGAGGGUUGCCUCAUCAAAAUGUUACUCUCUCCAAUACUUGUAUCUUCAUGUUUAAUCUGUUAGGAUGAUGCUGUCGGGAGUUUGAUCCACCCUCUUUAAUUUAUAUCCGCCAUUGCCCAUACUUGAAUGUUGUGCCAUAGCUAGCAUGAGGAUAGUGGGGUGUUUCAAUGUCUCAAUUUUCCUCUGCCGGCCAUGUUUUCAUCCCUUGCUUUGUUGUGUCCACAGUCUUUACUCCAAGGUGCUGCUGUUGAUCUGCUGGGAGAAUACUGCCAGGGCCCAGACAACACACUCAGACUCAAUGCUAUUUGGGCUAUAAUGGCAAGUUAAUGACCAUCUAGAUAACAUCAUCACACUUGACGUAAAAAUCAUAAGUUGAUAACAACUUAGUGCUGUCCUUUUAAAAUUGAUUACCGUUAAUUAUGUUCCAGCAAGUCAUAUUUACAUAAAAGAUUGAUAGAGGUCUUUAAAAAAAAAAUUUUUUAAACCACCCACAUUUGCAUCAUCAUCCGGCAUCACCCCCUAAAGUGGCUUAGGCCAUCAAAGAUAUAUCUCCAUGUUCUUGUUGCCACUGUCUCAAUGCCUUACCAAGCCAUCACUUGGUCUCUUAUUCAUAUGAAAUGUCUUCACAGUAAUUAACCUACUGCUCGACGGAGAGCUUACGAACAAGGGUGAUAGAGACGAUGAGAAGUGAUUGCUUCAUCAAGAGGAUUGAGGACCCUGUCAUGAUCAUUAGGCAGAAAGCUUUGGCUGUUGUUAGAAAUCUCUUGACCUCGGUGAGUGGAGCAUUUAAGUUUUAAAUUAUUCAGCGCACACAGUCUAUAUAAAGGAUGAUAAGUGGACNUUAUUCAGGGCACACAGUCAAUAUAAAGGAUUUUAAGUGGUCAAGACGGGGGGAAGAGUAGGAAAACUCUGCGGAAGAAAGUGAUGAUGAAAAAAUUGGGAUUUUCAAAUAAAACAUGGCGGUGCUUUAUUAUUAAAUUAAAUGUAUGUCUGCCCUCUUUCUCAAAUUUGUUUUUUUCACUUACCAGGAAUUCUGCCAGCAUUUAGUGAUUUGCUUGACUUUUGUUUUACAUGGGGAACUCUUAGAUAAUAUCUUAAUGACUAAGAUGAGCAGUAAGAAAUCUAAGCACAUUGAGAGUGACUAUGGCAAUGCAUACAAAAAUUGAAUAGUCCCAUCAAAUGAUUCACACACAGUUUCAUUCAAACUUUAGUUAAUGAACACACUUAUGUUGUUUUAAAAAAUGUGUCUACAUAGUUAUCCACCAGAAGUUUACUGCCAUAUGCAAAUGAAUAUGUUAUAAUGUUUCCAAUAUAAUGUUCCUGUUAUAAUGUUGUCAGUGAUGAUGUCCAAUAUUUUGUAGGUCCAUGAUGGUGAAGACAGAGACUCUGUGGCCACAAGGUCUCGAGGAGAACGUCGUCCAGGAGAUAAAACAGUAAGCCAGAGUUGAUAUGAAAUAAAUACAUUUUUUAUUGGUUUUUUUAUUCACUUUCAAUAUUUCUGUCCCUUUGGGGUAUGUCCUAUUUUGUUUUUAACUUGAAUCUAGUAUGUUGAGGAGGGCUCAUUAAAGCAGACCCAAUAGUAAAAAUUUAAAAAAAAAAUGUAUACUUUUAAUCUGAAUAAUUUCUUUCAAUUCACGGUUUCAUUAUCCAAUCCAUAUUUAUUUAGCCAAACUAUGACCACCAGAAAUGACAUGAAAGAAGAUGUGAUAUGCACCAACCCAUUGAGCUCUUUUCUCUCAGAAAAUAAACAGUUAUUUCCUCAGUGGCUGAACCCCUCUGAAAAAAAUAACUUCAUAAUGAAUAUUAGGAGCAAAACUUUGGUUUCUUGUGAUUAAAUAUAAAGCAACUGAAUGUACAAAAGCACAGAAGUAGUAGUAUUAAAAAUGUAUUUGUUCAUUUAUUUUCAUCAUCAUUUGGAUUCAGUAGCCAUUUGGGCAUGUCCCCUUCGGCCAUGGUGAAGAAUGUACACACUCUCCAACGCCGUUGUCUGUUUGUACAUAGGGUGUUGGUGUGGUCCAUUUCAUUUGAGAUAUAUAUUACUAUUGAAUGAGCCGUUGUCUGUUUGUACAUAGGGUGUUGGCAUGGUCCAUUUCAAUUGAGAUAUAUAUUACUAUUGAAUGAGCCGUUGUCUGUGUGUACAUAGGGUGUUGGCGUGGUCCAUUUCAAUUGAGAUAUAUAUUACUAUUGAAUGAGCCGUUGUCUGUUUGUACAUAGGGUGUUGGCGUGGUCCAUUUCAAUUGAGAUAUAUAUUACUAUUGAAUGAGCCGUUGUCUGUUUGUACAUAGGGUGUUGGUGUGGUCCAUUUCAUUUGAGAUAUAUAUUACUAUUGAAUGAGCCGUUGUCUGUGUGUACAUAGGGUGUUGGCGUGGUCCAUUUCAAUUGAGAUAUAUAUUACUAUUGAAUGAGCAAUAGAUCACAUGUGACUUCUUUACAUUUGACUCAAUUAUAUAAAGAAAAAAUAUAAAUAUUAUUAAAAAAUAUUCACUUUAUAUAAAAUAAUUAUACACACUGCCCGAUAUUUUCCUAUUUUUCUUUUUUUUUUUUUUUUUUUUUUAGGAUCAUUGGUAGUUUAGAUUUUUAAAUUCAAAGUAUAUUUUUAUUUUUAAAUUAUAUUUCCAUAUUUUCUUGUUAUUUAUUUUUAAUUUGUAAACUCAAAGUAUAUUUAUAUUUUUAAAUUAUAUUUCCAUAUUUUCUUGUGAUUUCAUUUUGAGUGAGAGAUUGGUGAACUCAUUGUUGAAUAUAUUGUCAUUCUCUUUUGUAAGAUCAUUUAUAGAAUGGUGAAGGCUCUAGGCAGUGAAGUCAUUGAUGCUGUGUUCAGGACAGUGAAGAACCCAAAUCUCCCAGUAUAUGUCCUAGAAUAGGUGAGUUUUUAAUGGUGCUGAGUUGGGGGAGAGGGGGGAGGGCAUUCAUUCUCUUUGAUAAGCUACCAAAAUUACUUAGAUAUUUUUUAUUUUUGUGAGAAGAGUAUGGGAGUUUGUUUACUGUUUUGUCUCACUUCAAGACUUACUAUGAAACCAUGCACCGCAACCUUUGUUCCCUUGCGGCAAACCGAGACCAUUUCCACACCACAUUCAAAACAUGAGAGAAAAAAAUUGAUUUUCUGUUGUAUACAACUUACAAUAAUUUUGAAUAUGCUUUCAUUUUUAUAGACGUGAAAUAAACAUAGAGUUAUCAAGUCCUCUUUUUUUCAAUUAAAGUAUAAUGUCCUUCAUCAACCUUAAAAUGCCAUAAUUUUUAAAAAUGUUUGUUCAUUGUAAAAAAAUAUAAGUAUUUUUUCAACUUUCACAGAUACACUAGUUCAGUGCUGUCCAACCUUUUUGACUCUGGGGGCCAAUUUUUGUGUGUGUGAAUCUGAGGGUCGCAUAUAAAAUUAUUAUUUUUUCUCGUCUGACAUUCUUGCAACGUGGCCCAUCCAGCAAAGCUGGGACUCCAAUAAUAAAGUGUGUGUACAGGAGAGACCUACUUGUGCGAGUACCUCAGUGUCUGGGCUCUUGUCCUACCUUUUGACUUUGAGGAUUUUCACAGGCUCAUUGUGUAGAAAGUGGUUUAAUUUCUUUCACAUGCCGAUUUUCAGACGCUCAUCAUGUGAAGUGGUUUAGUUUCCUUCCAUGGCUUUGAUAGACUGUCCAUGUUUCACAUGCAUAUAGUUGUAGCAUUGGGAGAAUGGCAGCCUUGUAAACCUUUAUUUUGGUUUGGGUGCUGAUGCCUCUUCUUUGUCCAUACAUUCUUAGGCAUUUUUAUGAAUGUUGCCCAGGCUCUUGCAGUUUGAAAGGUUAAGCUUUUGGACAGUGUGCUGCCAAGGUAAGAGAAGCUGUUUACAACUUUAAGCCUUUCGCCAUUGACUUGGAUGUUGGGCUCAAUGUAAGGUUUUCAUGGAGGUGGUUGAUACAGGACCUCAGUUUUCUUUGAGUUAAUGGUAAAACCAAAGUUUGUGCAGGCAUCUGAAUCUGAGUAGUUUGCAACACUGCGUUGCAUCUUGGCCUCUAAUUCAGCACAAAUGGCGCAGUCAUCGGCAUACAGAAAGUCCCUGAUAAGGUCUGUCUGGACCUUUGAUUUAGCGUUUGGUCUCCUGAGGUUAAAUACUUUACCAUCAGUUCUGUAUCUGAUGCUGAAUCCAAUUUCUCCCUUGCAGAUAGCUUCAGACAGUUUGGCAGAAAACAUGCUGAAAAGUGUUGGUGCCAGGAUGCAACCUUGUUUAACAACAUUAGACACAGGGAAGGGUGACAUCUUUCUGUUUGAGAGAUCUCAUCUUGUUAGCUCUUGUCUUAUUAUUAUUAUUAUCAUAAAGCCUAGCUCACAUAUCUAGUUCAUCUUUUACAGUCCAGUUGGUGUGCAUGGACUUUUUUAUGGUGACCAACUAGCUACACAUCAAGAAACACCCCCCCCCCAUCCCCUUUUUUUUAUUAAAAAGGCCAGUCAAAGCAGCAGAAAGGAAACCUCCUUUUCAGACCUUUCCAAAAUGAUAUGUUCUAAUUUAUUAUUUUUGCAUCUGACAACCUGAAAUUAACAUGCCCCUGUAGAUAUUUUAUUACAAGUAAUAGUUUUCAAUAUUUAAGUUUAACUGUGAGUAAACAUAGAAACGAAUGUAAAGAAACUAUUUUUUUAUAAAAUGGCCUUUCACUAUCUUGAUAUUUUUUUUCACACACCUGCUUGUAUCUAGUUAAGAUUGAUAAUUUUAUAAUUUAUUUUUAAAAAAUCUUUAUUUAUACAGAGUUAACACAAAUUCUUACACAACUUAAAAGCCUUUUUGUACAAAUUAAAUCAGCGACCACAAACUUAACUUACUGACAUUUGUGUGUAAAUUUAUCAUAUUUAUUUCAAUGUUAAAAGCAAAGUAAAAAAAUAAAACAAUAGUAACAUUUAAACAAAAGUUAUGUCCCACGAUCAGCAGGAGUUUGAAUAUGUCAAAUCAGAUAAAAGAUCUUCGGUACCAUCAACCUGGACAGGAUGAGGCUCAUUUUGUUUUUAUUUUUUUUUACCCAGAAAGCGUUAAGAACUUUUAAAUAACCAGCUAUUGAAAUCUAGCCAAAAAAUGAAACAGCACAUGUGUCAAAGGCUAAAGCGACAAAGACAUAUUUUACUGGUUGUUUCGGACACUUUGAGAUGAUGUGUGCUGGUUGACUUCCACUGUUUAAAUAGAAAAUUCAUGCCCUUGGAGGAAUUUUGCCAGGGCGCAAUUAGCAAAGUCCCGCUGCGCACCAGUUUGCGGAGCUCUACUGAAGACUACCUCUCUUUCAACUCAAUGAAACGUGGACGUGUUUUUUAACCACUUGUAUCCAAUAAAUGUUGUUCUCAUCUCUUGUGUAGGCAUUGUGUGCCCUGAGUAACAUGGCUGAUGGCCCAUCAUGUAAAGCUCACAUGAUUGGCAAGACAGAAGAUCUGCAGUAUGUCAUCAAAUACCUGGUAAGAAUUGUUGCAUCACAUAAAUUAACACAACAGAGACUUGAGUCUUUCUAUGGCCACGCAGAUUGGCAGCAAAGGGUUGAUGUGAAAGUUAAGCACAAUUCAUCUUACAUACCUUUGGAUACUCAGUAGUGCUCCUCAUAUCAUCAGAUAACUAGCGCAGAUCAUGUUGAACGUUUAUUCACAAUUUAAUGCAAAUAUGACUUUUAGUUGUGCAGCAUCUAAUUAUUCCAAUGUUUGAUAUCAACUCGAGUUUACAUUAUUUUAUUAAAAUAAUCACCAAUUUUUUUGUGAUUUCAUUUGCAAUUCUCUAUUUGGAAUGACUUAAUUGAGAAAGGUUGUUUUUAUUAAACAUCAUACAGUAUGUGCCAAAAUUAAGAGAACCAUACUCAAAUUCCAUCAUCUUGAACAUGUCCACUCAUUGGCCAACGGAGCAUAGAUAUAGUCUCCAUGUGUUCCCAGAACUGAAAAGGAAGGUAAGUUGGGCAGUAGUUGUUGGAAACUGGUCUCUCAAAUGAGGAAAAAAUAUUCAUAGUUGAGUAUGAUCUUUGCUCAUACAUUAGUGAUUAACGAGAUGGGAAACCGUGAGCACGUUUGAAAAAAUAUGGCAGAAAUUUUCUCAGAGAGAUACAAUAAGGCGAAACCAAGUAAAACAAUAGUGCUUUUAUUGUUACAAAAUUGUGCAGUUCUGGUAGUAUACUGUAUAAAUGGAAGGGGGUGUCUGGUCGACCAGUAGGUGUUUUGAUAAAUGAGAAUCGAUCAAGGCGCUGCAUUUUUCCCCACGACAAACAUCAGCGAUACACCCAAUAAAAAAAAUUUCUGUAGACCUAAAUGCAUUUUCAUAUUGGAUCCAUGUUGGACAAUGCUUGGCAGAGCGAGGUUUGCAAGCCAGGACGAUGUAUUGUGUAAAAUGUGUGCCUAGGGUGUGUGAGGUUUCAUAUUUAUAUGGGAAUAUUUUGUUUUCCAACAUAGUAUACUGUAUAAAUGGAAGGGGGUGUCUGGUCGACCAGUAGGUGUUUUGAUAAAUGAGAAUCGAUCAAGGCGCUGCAUUUUUCCCCACGACAAACAUCAGCGAUACACCCAAUAAAAAAAAUUUCUGUAGACCUAAAUGCAUUUUCAUAUUGGAUCCAUGUUGGACAAUGCUUGGCAGAGCGAGGUUUGCAAGCCAGGACGAUGUAUUGUGUAAAAUGUGUGCCUAGGGUGUGUGAGGUUUCAUAUUUAUAUGGGAAUAUUUUGUUUUCCAACGAAAUUCACAUAUGCUUACUGGUCUAUCAGACUUUCCCUUCUGUUGACAGAGACGUUGACAGUGUACAUUACUGGUCUAUCAGACUUUCCCUUCUGUUGACAGAGCCGUUGACAGUGUAAAUUUCCAGAAAAGUGUUUCUUGAUGCCAUCUGUUUAAAUCUCUCUCAGGGAAUUGUUCGUCCACUUUUUUGAAACAACGUUCACAUCUUUAUGCAUGGGGAAGGUAAUACUCAACUAAUAAUAGCAAGAGACCCCUUUCCGACAACAAAUGCCCAACAUGUCUUCCUUUUCACUUCUAGGAGCACACUGCAGCUUUAGCUAUGCACCAUGGACAGACAGCAUGUAUGCGUUCGAUGCGCAAGAGUUUCAGUACUGUUACUCUUACUUCUGGCACUUGCUGUGUAACUGCAUUUUAUUUUAGGAUUCUGAUGUCUACCCUGACCAACAGCGUGGCAUCACUCUUCAGCUUCCUGUUGUCCAGUUCAUCACAAAUUUAGCAGAGUCGUCAGAAGAUGGUAAUACAUUUGAAUGGCUUGCUUUGUUUCAGUGGACUGUUGAACAAAUCGAACUGAAAUAGUUGUUUUUUUCCUAAAAAUAACUAUAAUAUAUGUUCUUAAAAUUGGCUUUGAUGACUUGAGGGGUAAGCAGUAAAUGAAGGCAUGGAAAUUUAGUUUAAAAUUUAUGUUCAUACAAAUGAUAAUACAAAUACAUUUUGGGUAUUUAUUGAAAUUUUACUGGAUAAUGAUAAUACAAAUACAUUUUGGGUGUUUAUUAAAAUUUUACUGGAUAAUUUAUAUAUCAGUAUAUUUAUGUUAUCUGCAUUCAAAUAAUUCAAUAUGUGACAGAUGUAUUGGGGCAAAAAUUUUACUUGACAGGUCAAUAAAUUUCUGCCCUGUGCUGUUCUUUUUUUUUUGUGUGCAAAUAUUGAUAAGGGUUUAUAUUGUCACCUAUAUUUGGGCAAAGAGCUGGUCAUUAGCUCUGAUUAGAGUCUGCAUGUUUUCCUCAUGCAGGUGCCUACCAGCGCAUGUUAGUCCUGAAGAAUCUUGGCGUCCAGCGAAUCUUGGAAGACUUAUUGGCCAAAUGUGAAAAAUCAGAUGCAAGGUUUGUACGAUUCAUUCAAAUUAUUGAAACGUUGGCAGUUUCCCUAUUGUUAUUCUGCAACAUGUAUAAUAUUGCCAAUAACCCUAGGCUUCUACUGUGGCUAAGUAGCGGAGUGUUCUGAACUUGAUGCUAUUUGAUAGUAUCACCUUCAACAACUUUUUUUAUUGAUAGUUUAAAUAAAACUCCUGCUCCACCGUUGUGCUAUUUCCAAAUGGUAUAAUAAAGGUGCAGUGACCCUGUUAUGUUUUAAUUUUUAAUGAAUAUAAUGAGUACGAAAAACUAAAGCAAACAAAUUUUGAUGUGAAACAAAAAAAGUUGAAAUAUUGUUUUAAAAAAAAAACUGACAUACCAGGUAAUUUAAUUAAAUUCACCAGGAAUAAAAUUCAUUUACAGCUAUAUCUCUCUGCAGACAUUUCAUAAAAAAUUAACAUUUGAUAAUUCUGUAUAUUCCUCAGCAUCAACAGCCCUCUACUGCACAGCAUCAACAAUGCUCUUAAACAGUUCUCCUGAUGCAGCAAAUUGUCAAUCUCAUUUUAACUGGAUCUCUUUGCAUUUGAUGUGUAGAAAAGCUAUUUAUUGACAUGUGCUAAUUAAACAA